UCGACGUUUGACUACUUCCCCAUUUAUAGAAACUAUUCACAUUUACUAUUUAAUCUUUUAGGCUAAUACUGUUCUUUCAUCUAAAAAUGGUCUACUUCCUCAUGUUUUAUUCGCACUUGAUAAUGUGAUUCGUCGUGUUGCUGAAAUUCUUGUUGGUCUUAUUCGGCCAGACUUUCGUCCUGCUAUUAAUAAUAUGGCACCAAUAACACCAAGUGAUAGUUCGACAAUGAGUUCAACUAAUGUACGUUCACCAUUAUUUCUCGCUAUUAGUGAUACAGCAAAUGAUGAAAUUACUCGUUUACAUCAACAAUAUUUAAAACUUAUUCGAACGAACCGAGAUCAACUUAAUCAAUUGGUUACAAUUGAAAAUAAUAAUGGUGCUAAAUUAACUCAAUUAUCAUCAAUUAAUCAAUCAAGUAAAACAGUUGGAUUGUUUUUACCAGCUGAAAGAUCACCGGAAACGGACAAUAUGAAUUCUGAACCUACAACUGCACCCUUAUUAGACGAACAAACGAAGUUAAAUCAUUUAACACCAAUGGCAGGAGUAUCAAAGCAAAUAACACGAACACGAUCACUGAUUUCUAUUGAACAAGAACAUGAUCAAUUGCUCAAAUCAAUGAUUGAUAAUCGAACCCGUCUUAAUCAAUUACUCAAUUCUUCGAACAUUUGA